CCUCGUCACGAACCAAUCACGUUGUGCACGCGCACACUCUGACUCCCCCCUGCACGAGCGCGCUCCUUCCCUCGGGCACGAGCGCGCGGACCGAGCGACUCCGUUCACGCGGAAUUAUUCUUAACGGAUUUCAUUUGGACUUUUCUUCUUCUUCUUCUCACGACAGAACCCGGAUCGACCCGAACCUUCGUGCGCCACGUCCCUCACGGAGUCUCGCGAGUUCCACCGGGACGUCCCGCAGAGAUGAGCGAGGGCCGGUAGUUGUCUCGUGGUGUCCGGACCGGAGCCUGCCCCGUGGACCGGCCCAUCACACGUCCGGGGGACAAGAUGCUGUGGCUCAGCCUGGUUCUGGUGUCGCGCCUCUGCGUGUGGAGCAGGGGUCAGAUCCUGGACCACGAGAGCUGGGAGGACCGGGCGCUGUCGUCGUCCCGAGGUCUCUGUCGCUAUGGCAACAGCGUGGAGUGCUGCUGGGGCUGGAGGCCGAUGGACAGAGGACGCUGCCAGCCUCAUUGUCAGCACGGCUGUAAACACGGAGAGUGUGUCGGACCAGACAGAUGCAAAUGUCACCCCGGAUACAGUGGCAAGGCCUGUAACCAAGACCUGAACGAGUGUGGUCUGAAGCCUCGGCCCUGUAAGCAUCGCUGCAUGAACACGCCGGGCAGCUACAAGUGUUACUGUCUGGAUGGAUACACACUGCAGGCGGACGGCAGCUGUAGGAAUGCUCGCACUUGUUACCAUGCCAACUGUCAGUACGGCUGUGAGGUGUCCAAGGGGGCGGUCCGGUGCACCUGUCCGUCGCCAGGGUUACGGCUGGGACCAGACAGACGCACCUGCGUCGACAUCGACGAGUGUGCGUCGGGCGCAGGUGUGUGUCCUCGCCACAGGAAGUGUGUGAACACGUUUGGCAGCUUCGUGUGCAAGUGUCACCUCGGCUUCAAACUCACGUACAUCAACGGACGCUACGUGUGCAUCGAUAAAGACGCUCGUCCGUUCUGCUCCCUGAACCCCUCGUCUCCAAAGUGCAGGUGUAAAGACGGCGGCUGUAAAGCUGUCCCCAAAGUCACUCUGGAGCCACACACACCGAGAACUACAACUCCCAUCAUGCCCCUCACCACUGCAGCGCUUCCUACUACUACAGUCACCACGACAACCACCACCAGAGCAACAACUACGUCUGCUGCUACUACUACUACUGUUAUGAAAACUACUUCUACUACUACUACACCUGUUAGUACUACUACUGCAACUACCACUACAAUACCUACUACAGCUACUCCUACUACCACCACCACAACUACAAUACCUACUACUACUUAUAUUACUACUCUUAUACCUGCUACUACUACUACACCUUCGAUUACUAUUACCACGACUACAACACCAGUCACAACACUUACUACUACUACUCCUUUAACUACUUCUUCACACACAACGACAACAACUACUACUACGACUGCAUCCACCCUUCUGCCUACAACUGAACUGGAUACUACAACUACUACUACACCUGCUACUACACCUCUUACUACUACUACCACUACACCUGCUACUACUGCUACCACACCUCUUAGUACUACUACACCUGCUACUACUACUACCACACCUCUUAGUACUACUACACCUGCUACUACUACUACCACACCUCUUAGUACUACUACACCUGCUACUACUACUACCACACCUCUUAGUACUACUACACCUGCUACUACUACUACCACACCUCUUAGUACUACUACGACUGCAUCUACGCUUCUGCUUACAACUGAACUGGAUACUACAACUCCAACAACUACUACUACCACACUUGCUACUACUACUACAUCUACUACUUCUACUACUUUUACUUCUACUACACCUGAUACUUCUACUUCCAUCAUUGCCCCAAACACCACGAUGGUGCCCACCACCAUCUCCACGGUAACGACCACACUGAACAACAGGAUCGACAAGGACGUGACGCAGAAACAGAGAGGAGACGUGCACAUCCCCAGACAUCCCAACCAGAACCACGUGUGGGAGUUUGACAUCGAGCUGGGAAACACAGCGGAGGACGCCAGAGACGACCCUGAGGCUGGCGUGCUGCGCUGCACCUUCGACCGCGGACUCUGUGAUUGGUUGUCAGACAGAGAGGGAGAUCUUCACUGGGAGACGUCUCACGGCCUUGAAGGUGGACGAUACUUGUCCGUCCCAGAGGUGAAGGCGGGACAGAGGAGCAUCCGGGGCGCCCGAUUGGCUGUCCAAGUCGCUCCGUCCUGGAGCCGCGGCGACCUGUGCUUCUCCUUCUCCCAUUGGCUGACGGGGCGUCAUGUGGGCGUGCUGCAGCUGUUUCUCAGGAAACGAGGACGAGGCCAAAGAUAUAGCCCCGCCCUCUGGAGCAGGACAGGUGGGCACGGCUGGAGACAAACACAGGUUACCUUGACGACGACCCAUCUGGACAGGGUGCUGCUGAAGGCAGAGCGGAGGCGGGGCCAGCGAGGACAGAUCGCCGUCGAUGAUGUCACACUGAGGCAGGGGGCGUGUCGAUGACAUCACCGCGAUACAAGGACGCUGUUAAUUUAAGGGCCUCCAUUUUGUACAGUGUAAACGGACCAAGCUGCUCGUGAACUUAAAGUCGAGACACGAACUUGAACUGAUAUUUUUUUUGUUUUUGACAAAUUUUCUGAAAUUGAAAGUUUAAAUUUGAUAAAACAAUGUGUUAAUUUAAAUAAAGUUCCAGGACAUAAAUGUGAAAAA